AUGUCGGGUCGAAGGCGCAAGCAGAAGAACCGCUCGCGGCCGGCUACCGCCGACCCGAGCGUGCCGGAGGUGGCGGUCGCCGCUCCGGUCGAUGAGGACAUCGCCGUCGCCGUCGACAGCCAGGAUGGUAUCAUUGAGGAUGAUAGCAUCGUCCUUGAUGAGGGGGAUGACGUCGCCGACGGCCCGGCCGAGGUUGACAACUCCCCUGAGCCUGUUGUCUCGGAGGUGGUGCUUCAGGGUGCCGAUGUGCCGGCCACCAUCGAGCCUAUGCCGGAGGCAAUCGUGCCUGAGGUGGUGCCCAUCGAGCCUGCACUUGAGGCCGCUGUUGAGCCCGUGAUUGAGCUUGCCAGCCCGCCGGUGGCCGAGGUGACGGUCGAGCCGGUGGCCGAGGUGACGGUCGAGCCGGUGGCCGAAGUCACUGUCGAGCCGGUGGCCGAGGUCAGUGUCGAGCCGGUGGCCGAGGUCAGUGUCGAGCCGGUGGCCGAGGUCAGUGUCGAGCCGGUGCCGGAGAUUGCCUCCUUGAUCAGCCCCGAGGCUGCUCCCACUCCCAUGGCUGAUAUCCUGUCUCCGGUGGCCCCGGAGCCGGUCGAGGUCCCACAGACCAUCACAUUCAUCGGGGCCAUUCCCGGGUCGGUGCCGCCGCGGCUGUCAGAGGCAUCGACCAUCGUGUCACGGUCGUCCGAGGCGUUGUCCAUGGCUUCGCGGGCUUCCGAGGCUUCGGUUGGCGGUGUGCCGCCGGCCCUGGCCUCGGUGCGCCUGCGUCCGGCCGGCGACCAGACCGCCGACAUUGUGGUCCCGGCGCUGGAGGCCCCGCCGAACGCCGGGUCCGCCGGUGCCCGGCGCAUUGUGGUCCCCACCAGCCACAUUCCCUCGCUCAAUGCCGAUCCCGACUUCAAUGCCACCUACGUGGACCCGGUGGAGUCGGAGCCUGCCUCGCCGGCUGGCGACGAUUCUCCCAAGGACCGGUCGUCCUACGUGGUGGACACAUCGCACAGCCUGAACAGCGGCGGUGCGGCCGAUGAGGCCGACGGCCCGUCCGGCGAGCGGACCUCCCUCCUGGGCAACAAUGCGGUCCCCUUCUCGGCCAGCCGCAUCAGCGGCACCACCGGGCCCGUGGUCGAUACCAAGACCGCCCUCGAGCAGGAGGCCCUCCGGCGCAAUGCCAUCGAGGCCGCCGAGAAGGGCCUCGACGAGGAGGCCGACGCCGACAGCCCCGAGGGCAAGCAGUCCAGCGUGACCACCAUCUUCUCCAUCUGGAACACCAUGAUCGGCUCGUCCCUGCUGUCCAUGCCCUGGGCUCUGAACCAGUCUGGCUGGCUGAUGGGUCUCUUCACUAUGCUGGUCAUGGUGUCCAUUUGCACGUAUACCGCGCUGCUCAUUGUGCGCCAUGACCAUGGUAACGGCCGUCGUGGGGUGGUGGUGGACUUUGCCGACCUGGCGGCCAUGUACUUCGGCAAGUGGGGCGCCCGCGCGGCGGCCAUCUCCUCCAUCGGUGUCUUCUGGGGUGCCACCUUCGCCUAUGGCAUUCUCAUGAGUGGUUUCCUCUACAACCUCGGCGACCAGAUCGCCUACUGGGUCAACGGGCUCGGUAUUGAGGACACUCCGCUGGCGCCCUACUGGACGCCGGAGUAUGUGGCCAUCUUCCUGCUGAUCCUCAUCUUCCCCCUGACCUUGAUCAAGAACUUCAGCUUCUUCGCGCGCUUCACCUCGCUGGGCACCAUCUCCGUGAUCUACAUGAUCGGCUUCGUGGCCUACUGGGCCAUCAGCAGCGGCUUCGUAUAUGGCAACGCCACCCUGUUUACGGGGAAGUUCUACUACUUCAGCGGCGUGCUCACUCUCUCCUUCUACAUUCACAACGCGAUCCUCUCCAUCAUGCGCAACCAGCGCAACCCGGAGAACAACGCGCGCGAUCUCUCCAUCGCCUACGUCCUUGUCUUCUUCUCCUACCUCGCCGUGGCCUUCCUCUUCUACUUCUGUGUCGAGGACAAGUCCAAGAUCUAUGAUAAUCUGCUCCGCAACAUCCAGGAAAUCGCCCCCGGCAACGGCGGCCUCUUCGUGGCCCAGCUGCUGCUUCUGUUCCAGAUGAUCACCAUUUUCCCCCUCAUUGCGUACAUUAUCCGCUUCCAGUUCAUGAGCUUCGUCUACAACAACCCCUACCCCUCGACCUUCAAGGUUCUUGCGGUUCAUGUCAUCCUCUCUGCCACGUGUAUCCUGAUGGCGGUCUUCUACCCGAAUGUUGGCGACGUUCUCCGCUUCUCCGGCGCCUUCUUUGGCAUGAUUGCCGUCUACAUGCUGCCCAUCGGCUUUGAGGUCAUGGAGAAGAAGCGCCAGGGUCUGCUCACCAAGACCAGCAUCGUCGUUCACUGUGCGCUGAUCGCCAUCGGUGUGGCCAACUUCGUUGCCCAGUUCUUCUGA